GAUGGCUACAUAGGCAAAACAUGGCGACAUGAAAAGUUGAAAAACGCAGUUCGUUUCAGUGUUCAAUGAACGACUGACUUAUUUCGAUGAAAACUUCUUUCAAAAGGGAUGAAUUACAUAGCUAAAUCUGUAGUCUCAAAUAAGCUCUCCUCCGUGGGAAAAAACUUAGGAUGGGAAGAUAAAGAUGAACAACAGGAAGAAGAAGGAGUGUCAGAGAAAGAACUUCGCAAGAUCCAGGAGAACAACGCAGCGGCGAGAGCUAAACGACAAGAACAACACGCCAAACGGAACGCUGAGAGAAAAAAGAAACGCGAUGAAAUACGCGCAAAAUACGGACUGAAAGAGGGUCAAGAUAAGAGCAAUCGCAGUGGCAGUUCCAGCAGUACCAGAAAAACAAGUGUUGAUGAUAGUGAUACUGAGACAGCGAAGGAGAAACAGUGCUCCGUGAUGUAAAGGUGAACAGUUAAAGCAAAAUAUAUUUUGGAAUUUGUGAUACUAUUGUGGAAAAUGGAAUAUUCUACGCUU